UCUCUUCCCUUCUUCUCUAACAGCCAAACUCUCUCUUCCUUCCUCCUCGGAUUCCUCUACCUUCAAUGGCUAAACAGAUGGUUUCACUCUGUUAUUACUUCUCCCUUCUCCUAGCGUUCAUGGCGGUUGGCUUUGCAAGUAUGGAGGAGAAGAAAGUUCUGAACUUGCAGAAAGUGGAUUUGGGAGAGGAGAGAAGCUCCAAGUGUCUAUUGCCUCAGAGAUCAACAAAAGAAAGAGACAAUAAGCAAAGGCGAUACACUCUUUUACAACUUUCACAUAAAAUUGUUUCAAAUGAGAAAUUAGAGGAAGAGAGAAAGGUGCAACAAUACUAGAAGUAAAACAUCACAGCUGCUCCAUGUCAUUCUCAACACCCGAAGCCAAACUCAUGAAGAUCAUCAAUUCGGACAAUGCAAGAAUCUCAUACCUGCAUCACCGAAUCAAAAACUCCGAUCCAAAAACCACAAUGAAAGUUCAAUCAGAAGCUCAAAUCCCAUUAACCUCAGGAGCUGAGCUCCAGACUCUAAAUUACUUGGUCUCAAUCAAGCUCAGCAACAGCGAAGUGACUUUGAUCGUCGACACCGGAAGCGACCUAACAUGGGUUCAAUGCCAGCCCUGCAGCUCCUGUUACAACCAACAGGAUCCUAUCUUCAAUCCCUCUACCUCUCAAUCCUAUCAGCUGAUUCCAUGCAACUCCCCAACUUGCAGUUCAGUCCAAAUCGCAACUGGAAUAUCUUCUUUUUGCAGCACUGAUCAACCAAGCUGCAACUACUCUUUCAGCUAUGGAGAUGGAUCUUACACAAGCGGAGUUCUCGGCUGGGAACAAAUUGACCUUGCAGGAACCAUUAUCGAUGGAUUCGUAUUUGGUUGCGGACGAAGUAAUUAUGGACUUUUUGGGGGGGCUUCAGGAUUAAUGGGGCUGGGAAGAACACAAUUAUCACUCAUAUCACAGACUACUCUUCAAUUUGGAGGCAUUUUUUCCUACUGUUUGCCUCCGAGAGAGUAUGAUUCAUCAGGCUCCCUUGUUCUUGGAGAUAACCCCUCCAUUUUUAAGAAUAACACUCCUGUGAGUUACACAAGAAUGAUUCUGGAUCCUCCAGAAUCACCAUUCUACUUCCUUAACCUUACAGGAAUAAGCAUCGGUGCGGUGGCUCUACAAGCUUCGGGAUUUUAUAAUGGCAGCAAAGUUCUUAUUGAUUCAGGAACGGCGAUUACCAGACUCGUUCCUUCAGUUUACAGAGCUUUGAGGGAUGAGUUUGUGAGACAGUUCUUGAUGCAUCCGGGGGCUCCAGGGUAUUCAAUAUUGGAUACCUGCUUCAACUUGGAGGGUUUAAGGGAAGUAAGCAUCAUUCCUGCAAUGAAGUUCGUGUUUGAAGGUGGAGUGGAGGUUGAUGUGGAUGUUAAUGGACUGUUCUACUAUGUUAAGGAAGAUGCUUCACAGGUUUGUUUGGCUCUGGCGAGCUUAACGUAUGAAGAUGAGGUUGGGAUUAUCGGAAAUUAUCAGCAGAAGAAUUUGAGAGUGGUGUAUGAUACUCUUGGAUCGAGCCUAGGGUUUGCAGAAGAAACUUGUGGGUGGCUAUAGCAGGAGCAGGAGGAAGAUAAAUGACAAGGUACUAUACAGGAGAUUAUGCACAUUUUAUAUUUGCAAGUACAACUGGUUUUCACAUUAAGCUUCAUAGUUUCUGGAUUAGGAAAAUAUACAUGAUUGAGAUUGUAAAGAACUGUAGAAAAAUAUAUGCAGUAUCUUAAUGAAGUUUCUAAUGCAGCAGCUUUUUUUUCAUAAU